CACACACACAUACACAUAGAUACAAAUAUAUACAUAUAAAAAUCUUAUCUCUCUUCCUCUCUCUCACACAUACCCACUUCUUUUUCUCUCUCAUCUCCAAAAACUUGACAAAAACAACAAACACUUCGAUCUAAACUCGUUAGUGGUGUAACCCCAUAUCAGAUCUAAACCCAUUUUCACACACUAAAACACACACACAAACCAUCCACCAUGGCCUAUUCAUUUCCUGAAGAAGUACUUGAACAUGUCUUUUCAUUCUUAACAACUUCCAAAGAUAGAAACAUGGUGUCAUUAGUAUGCAAAUCUUGGUUUGAAAUGGAAAGAUGGUCAAGAAAGAAAGUGUUUAUAGGCAACUGUUAUGCAGUCAAUCCAAGAAUCUUGAUACAAAGAUUCCCAGAAAUAAAAUGUAUUGAAUUGAAAGGAAAACCACAUUUUGCUGACUUUAAUUUAGUCCCAGAUGGAUGGGGUGGUUGUGUGUAUUCUUGGAUUGAUUAUAUGUCUAAAGAUUAUCCCUUUUUAGAAGAAAUUAGGCUUAAAAGAAUGGUGGUUACUGAUGAAUGUUUGGAGUUGAUUUCAAAGUCUUUUAAAGGAUUUAAAGUCUUGAUUUUGAGUUCUUGUGAAGGUUUUAGUACUGAUGGACUUGCUGCUAUUGCUGCUAAUUGCAGAAAUUUGAGAGUACUGGAUCUGCGGGAAUGCGAAGUUGAGGAUCUAAGUGGACACUGGUUAAGCCACUUCCCUGAUUCAUUUACAUCAUUGGAGUGUCUAAACAUGUCCUGUCUGGGUUCUGACAUCAGCUUCUCAGCCCUUGAACGCCUGGUUGCUCGGUCACCCAAUCUCAAGAUUCUUCGACUCAAUCGAGCUGUACCCCUCGAGAAACUUUCCACGCUCCUACAUUUGGCCCCACAUCUAGUUGAGUUAGGUACGGGUGCAUACACUGCUGAAAUCCGGUCAGAUGUUUACACAAGCCUAGCUGAGGCUUUUUCAGGCUGCAAGGGUCUAAGAGGCCUAUCAGGGUUUUGGGAUGUGGUUCCAGCUUAUCUUCCGGCCUUUAACUCUGUGUGUUCUCGGCUAACUUCUUUAAACUUGAGCUAUGCAACUAUACAAAGUCCCGAUCUUACAAAGAUUGUUAGCCAGUGUCAUAAUUUGCAGCGUCUAUUGGUGUUAGAUUACAUCGAGGAUACUGGUCUCAACUCCCUUGCUAUGUCGUGUAAGGACCUAAGAGAACUGAGAGUGUUCCCUUCUGACCCAUUUGUAGCUGAUGCAAAUGUACUCUUAACAGAAGAGGGUCUCGUUUCAGUUUCAGAGGGUUGCCCCAAACUUCAGUCUGUUUUAUAUUUUUGUCGACAAUUCUCAAACUCGGCAUUAAUUUCCAUCGCUAGAAACCGUCCUAAUCUAACAUGCUUCCGGUUAUGCAUCCUUGAACCUCGAGCUCCUGAUUAUCUGACAUUGGAACCUCUUGAUGUUGGGUUUGGAGCCAUAGUUGAAAAUUGCAGAGAUCUUCGACGCCUUUCGUUGUCGGGUCUCCUAACGGAUCUUGUAUUUGAAUACAUUGGAACACAUGCUAAGAAGUUGGACAUGCUUUCUAUAGCUUUUGCAGGCGAUAGUGAUUUGGGGUUACAUCAUGUUUUAUCGGGUUGUGAAAGUUUGAGGAAGUUGGAGAUUCGUGACUGCCCUUUUGGGGACAAGGCGCUCUUGGCUAAUGCUUCCAAGUUGGAGACAAUGCGAUCCCUUUGGAUGUCUAAUUGUGCCGUUUCUUUUGGAGCAUGUAAACUACUUGGUCAAAAGAUGCCUGGUCUUAACGUUGAAGUUAUUGAUGAACGGGAAAACCUAAAUUCAAUCCCAGAAAGCUAUCCAGUUGAGAAGCUUUACAUAUACCGAACAGUUGCUGGUCAAAGGUUUGACAUGCCGGAGUUCGUACGCACAAUGGGUAAAGAUGCGGUGUACAAUCUUGCUUAAGGUACGCGAUGCAUAUGACUGCAUAUGACUUAUAAAAUUUUGUUUUCUUUCUUCCAAAGAUUCAAUAAUGUUAUGGUAAAAAACAUAAAAAAGAGGUCAUACGAAUGAUCUUUAAAUUGACAUAUUGGAUUGGCUUUCGGUACCUAGGUCGCUAGGUGCCAAUAAAGCGUUGAAGUUUGUGUAUCCACCCAUAAGCCACAUUUGGUCAUGCUCAACCUGCAGCUGCAUUUCAAGGCUAUGAGUUGUAGAAUGUAAUUUGUACCAUUAGUUUCUCUAAAUAAAGAUUCUUUUAAUGUUGUAACAACAUAUUAUUUGGGAUCAAAUCUAUCUUAGUCCUUGCGUAUUAUUUUUUCUACUGAAAAAUGUGUACACAUUACUGCAAAAGGUUUCUUUGAAACCCUGAAUAUUUGAUUAUCGAUUAUUGUUGUAAUACACAUUACUUUUCUUGUUUUCGUUA